AUGACAACUUAUGACCUUAACAAUCCUGAUGAACUCAUUUCCACUGUCGAAUGGGAAUCUCCUACGGAAACAGGAGAUCUCAACAUGGAACCUCAACAAAAUACCGGAACGGGAUCAACGACUCAAGAUGCGAUAAUGCAAUAUGCGACUAACUUUAAUGAUUCAAAGAUAAGUCGAAUAGUGACCGACUUAGCGGGAAUCAAUCCUCAAUCUACAUCUGCUAGACCACGUCCUGGUCGAGGUGCCAAUCGAGUUUAUACGCAAGAUACUAAAACCCGUGCGAGUCAAUUACAAACGGAAGGUAACAACUUACUUCGUAGUCGUCCAGAUCCUCAGAAGGACUUUAAUGGGUUUACUGAUUGGUAUCAAAGAUUGGAGGAUUGGGAAAUAACAGUGAAGACUUUUGAAGUGAGGGAGAUUGUUGAAGGGGAAGAUGUUGCGUCGAGAAGACAGCCUUUCCUUAGACAUUAUGAUGACGAAGAGAGAUGA